GCAUCCGGGCCAAGGCAACUUGGGCAAACCCUGGGGGCGGCUCCCAGUCGCGCUCCGCUCUCCGGUCAGCCUCCCCUUUAAAAAAACCCGCCCGCCGAGGAGGCGGAUGUAGGGGCAGCCCGUCCAAUGGCAGCUGCGCGCCUCGGGAGACUUGGAGACGUGAGCCAGCGCGAACGACAGAGCCGGUUCGCACGGACAGACAGACAGACAGAGGGCCCGACGGCCGCCAAAGCGCGCCCCCCGCCCCGCCCCGGCCCGGCCCUCUCCUCCGGCCCCAGCGUCUGCCGCGCCUCCUGAUCCAGCGCGAUGCCCGGGCCUGGCGGUGGGGCCCGGGCGAUGACUGCCCCCUGGCCCGCGAGCCCAGGCCCCUAGUGACCAGCGCUGCCGCCCUGCACCGGGGAGGGCUACGGGGGCCCCGGCUUCAGCUGGCCUAGGAGCCCUGUGGGAGAGGCCUGCCCAGCCCCCCAGGCGGGUGGCCCACCAUGCUCCUGCUGUCGCCGCGCAGUGCGCUCCUCUCCGUCUAUUGCCCGCAGAUCUUUCUCCUCCUGUCCAGCGGCAGCUAUCUAGCACUGUCGUCCGUGGUGGCCCUGGGAGCCAACAUCAUAUGCAACAAGAUUCCUGGCUUGGCCCCGCGGCAGCGUGCCAUCUGCCAGAGCCGGCCCGAUGCCAUCAUCGUGAUUGGGGAGGGGGCACAGAUGGGCAUCAAUGAGUGCCAGUACCAGUUCCGCUUUGGCCGCUGGAACUGCUCCGCCCUCGGCGAGAAGACCGUCUUUGGACAAGAGCUCCGUGUAGGGAGCCGUGAGGCCGCCUUCACCUAUGCCAUCACUGCAGCCGGCGUGGCUCACGCGGUCACAGCCGCCUGCAGCCAGGGCAACCUGAGUAACUGCGGCUGUGACCGGGAGAAGCAGGGCUACUACAACCAGGCAGAGGGCUGGAAGUGGGGCGGCUGCUCCGCUGAUGUGCGCUAUGGCAUCGACUUCUCCCGCCGCUUCGUAGAUGCCCGCGAGAUCAAGAAGAACGCGCGGCGGCUCAUGAACCUGCACAACAACGAAGCCGGCCGCAAGGUUCUGGAGGACCGCAUGAAGCUGGAGUGCAAGUGUCAUGGGGUGUCAGGCUCGUGCACCACCAAGACGUGCUGGACCACGCUGCCCAAGUUCCGAGAGGUGGGCCACCUGCUGAAGGAGAAAUACAACGCAGCCGUGCAGGUGGAGGCGGUCCGGGCCAGCCGCCUGCGGCAGCCCACCUUCCUACGCAUCAAGCAGCUGCGCAGCUACCAGAAGCCCAUGGAGACGGACCUGGUGUACAUCGAGAAGUCGCCCAACUACUGCGAGGAGGACGUGGCGACGGGCAGCGUGGGCACGCAGGGCCGACUGUGCAACCGCACCUCGCUGGGCGCGGAUGGCUGUGACGCCAUGUGCUGUGGCCGCGGCUACAACACGCACCAGUACACGAGGGUCUGGCAGUGCAACUGCAAGUUCCACUGGUGCUGCUAUGUCAAGUGCAGCACCUGCAGCGAGCGCACCGAAGUCUUCACCUGCAAGUGAGGGGCACCUCCCCGGCAGCACCCUGCCCGAGAUCCACCCGGCGCCCAAGGUCGUGGGUCCUGGGGUCCCAGCGGGGAACCAACAGCGAACCUUGAGGUUGCAAACGUGCCCCAGACCACAGAGUUGCGACCAGACCCUGAGGGUCCCCUCCCUGCCCGGUGGCUGGACACAGAAAGGGCGUUCUAGUCUGUCACACUCGAAGCCCCAGGGCAGUGUGGACGUGGGAGACUGACAAUGUUAUUUAUGCUCUCUUAGCAUCGGGAGAGGGCUCUCGGCACUAACAAAUGCGUAGCCAGUCCUAACUUCACACUCCGUGUCCACCCGGCCCCUGAUCCCCCUCGCUGGCCUCCCCUGCCCCCCCCCACCCGCCGGCAGGUCCCAGGUGCCAGGGGUUAGCAGGAGAGAACCUCGGAGCACAGCCCGGCUUCCCUUUCUUUUGGGAAAUCAUGUCACAAAAAUCAAAAUGUCACUUGUGCCAGGUUCCAGGAGUGCCCGGUCCCCUCCCUAGUCCUUCACACUCCUGGCCAGCCACUGGCCUGGCACCUGAAGUUUACAGAGUCCUCCCACCCUGGAGCCAGCCUGACCCCCAGGACGGCAGGGCUGGGGCGGGGAGUGGCCCCGAAUGCUGGUCCCACCUGACAGAUGGGGACGCUGAAGCCCAGAGGGGACUGAGCCGGGACUUGCCAGAGACCCUUCAGUUGCGAGUGGGUGCUCCUGCCUUAGUCCCCACCCAGGAUGUCCAGCAGCGCCCCCCCCCCCAAGAGACCCAGCUGCUCUCUUCCUGGCCACUGCCUCAGGGGACGAACACCCUCACAGUGCCUUUGAGGUUCCCAGAGCCCUGACCUUGUCCUUCUGCGCCAACCCAGUGUUGGAAAAACUGGCAGGCAGGGCUAGGGGCAACUGUCAGGGUCCCCACUGCCAUCUGGGGACACUUGCUCUCCGGACGUCUCCCCAGGUUGUGCGAACCCUCUCCUCCCAGGCAAUUCCCCUAAAACCUUGAAGACGGGAUGGAACGGGAAGCUGGGCUCAGGCCUGGGCCAUCCUUGCAGGGCUCCCACUCUGUUCCCGAGGAGACAGGCCUUGAGGGUGGGACCUGCCCAAAGCCAGCGAAUGGCUCGAAGCCACCACCCUACCCCUGCUCUCUGUGCCCUCCGUGUGCCCCUGGGCCUGAACAUUGGCCUGGGGCAGGUGACCCCGUCUGGGUGCCCUGCGUCCAGCCCACAGGUCUGACGAUGCCAGGACACCCACCCUCUGGGCUGCUGUGAAUGCCCCUCCCCACCCUGGCCCUGCCUCACCCCAGUCCCGGGACACCCCGAGUCCACAGGCCGGCGUCCUCCGCGGAGGAGCCCGGGUAACUUAUGCUGUUAUAUAGCGUCCAGAUGUCUAUAGUGUCUUUUAAGUUAUUGUGACCUACACUGGGUACCGGAGGGGAGGGGUGGCCAAGGCCGUGCCCCCAGCCAGGCUCCUCCUUCUGCUUGAAGUGACCCUUGGGGCCGAUGCCACCAAGGCCCUCGCGCUGUCUCUGGAGCACCAGGCCCCCAGCCGAGCCCGCCGUCCCUCGAGGGGGCCUUCCCAGGCGUGGGGGACAGCAUGGCCCAGGCAGGCACCGGUCUCCCACACCGUGUGCAGGGCUGGAGGUGGCCGGGCACUGGGCAUCCCGGAAGUGCCCACUUCUGCUGGCUGUGCUGCUGGCCUCCCCUGGAGGGGAGCGCUUGGUCCUAAUAAACGCUGGAAACGGA